AUGGACGACGCCAUCCUCCCUGUUUUUGAAUCCCUCAACACAAUCCAAACCAACAACAUGCAAGCGAGUAUGGAGCGCAGCUAUUCACCAGUGUCCCGGCUCCCAUCCACCGAGCCGGAAAGCAGCAGACCGCCAUCUCAGUCGACGCACCACCAGACACGGCGACCCAAAAGCAACACCCGGAGUCAAACGCCAAGCCGCGGCGGGCGCCGCAGUAGGCUCUCGAGGCAGGGCUCGCUGUCGGCAAGGAAUUCCAGUGGCCGGGACACCGACCGCCAUGCCGCCCCGAGCCAGCAAAAGUCGCGGGCCAAGAGCCUCCCGGGGCGCGCGGGGCGUAUCAAGGCCAGGGCGACAUUCCUCGACGACAUCAGGCAUGAGGUCAUGGUGAACCACCUGUACCAGCAACAGUGCUCUCGCCUCUGGGUCUCGGACGGCAACGGCGUCCUCGAGGGCGUCGUUGUGCGCAAGACCGCUGACAAGUACAUGAGCUGUCCCCCAGAGCUUGCUGCCUCGGCGUUCGCACAGUCCAUGGCCGCCCUGGGCGUUCAGUGCGCCAUGACGGUAAAUUCCCGCAUCAUCAAGUCAUUUCUGGCGUGGAACCCGGGCGCUAUUGACGUGCCGUUGAAGAAUGGCCUCCGCAUCCAGAUUUUGCCCGGCGUACGGGACCUGGCCAGGGCAAGGAAGCAGCAAUGCGCGGCCUUCCUCGCGGCUGAGGGUCUCCUCGUCGUGUGGGAUGACGACGCAAUGCACCUCAUCGAACGAGCGACAAGCAUCCAGGACGAGCUCAUGCGCCUCGUCUGGAGGACUGAGGCGCCCGCGGAUGGGGCCACGGCUGACAAUGUCUUCGGGACGGAAAAGAAAGAGCAGAUGGUCGAUGCAGAGACUGGCGAGAUCAACCCCCAGAAGAGACAGAGGCACAAGCAGAACGCCGUGCUGGUCAGCCUGACCCUCUGUCUUAUCACUGCCUCUAUUGGAGCUGCCCUGCGGCAACUCGUCAUCGAGUCGGCUUUGGACCUGGCAUGGCUUCGCAUAGCACUGAUCAGCCUGUUUCCGAUUUCCAUCUUCUUCACCCUCUUCUUCUGUCAGGUCAUCUGGGGGUCCGGUGCCCAGAUGGUCGGCCCCGUCCGCCAGAUGAAGACCAACUCCAAGUUCUUCUCAGCAGAAACGUCCACUCGCCUGCAGAACUCCAUCCUUCCCCACGUCACCAUCCAGUGCCCCGUCUACAAGGAAGGCCUUGCCGGUGUCAUCAUGCCCACCGUCAAGUCCGUCAAGGCCGCCAUGACGACUUACGAGCUCCAAGGCGGCUCGGCGAACUUGUUCAUCAACGACGACGGGCUGCAGCUGCUGGACGAGGAGGAGCGCCAGGCCCGCAUCCAGUUCUACUCCGAGAACGGCAUCGGCUGGACGGCUCGGCCCCGUCAUGGAGACAAGGGCUUCCAGCGCCGCGGCAAGUUCAAGAAGGCCUCCAACAUGAACUACGCCCUCAUGAUCUCGUGCAGGCUCGAGGACAAGCUGGUUCGCGUCCAGCGCCACGCCAGGUGGACCCAGAAAGACGAGGCGCAGGCCUACUGCGACGCUCUGGCCGAGGUGAACAAGGAGAUGGAAGGUCGUGCGUGGAUGGACGGCAACAUCCGCAUUGGCGACUACAUCUUGCUUAUCGACUCUGACACUCGUGUCCCCGAGGACUGUCUGCUUGACUCCGUGUCAGAGAUGGAGCAGUCUCCCGAGGUCGGGAUCCUGCAGUUCUCAUCCGGCGUCAUGCAGGUCGUCCACACGUACUUCGAGAACGGCAUCACGUUCUUCACCAACCUGAUCUACUCUGCCAUUCGCUACACCGUCGCCAACGGCGAUGUCGCCCCCUUCGUCGGGCACAACGCCGUGCUCCGCUGGUCCGCCCUCCAGACUGUCAGCUACGAGGACGAGGACGGCUACGAGAAGUUCUGGUCCGAGUCCCACGUGUCCGAGGACUUCGACAUGUCCCUCCGCCUCCAGUGCUCGAGCUACAUCAUCCGCCUCGCCACCUGGGCCGGCGAGGACUUCAAGGAGGGUGUGUCCCUGACGGUCUACGACGAGCUGGCGCGCUGGGAGAAGUACGCGUACGGCUGCAACGAGCUGCUGUUCCACCCGAUCCGCAAGUGGCCCGUAAUGGGGCCCUUCACGCCGCUGUUCCGCAAGUUCCUGUGCUCGGGCAUCCCGACCACGUCCAAGAUCACCGUGGUGUCGUACAUCGGCACCUACUACGCCAUCGCCGCGGCCUGGAUCAUGACGAGCACAAACUACUUCCUCUACGGCUGGUUCAGCGACUACCUCGACCGCUACUACGUCGACUCGUGGCAGGUCUGGUUCUCCAUCAUCAUCGUCUUCAACGGCCUCGGCAACAUCGGCCUCGCCGCCAUGCGCUACCGCGGCCACCAGAUGAGCUUCUUCGGCUGCCUGCUCGAGAACCUCAAGUGGAUGGUCCUCCUGGCCAUCUUCCUCGGCGGCCUCAGCCUGCACGUCUCACAGGCCAUCCUGUCGCACAUGUUCGAGAUCGACAUGACCUGGGGCGCCACCAGCAAGGAGGCCGAGUUCUCCAACUUCUGGAUCGAGGUUCCCAGGGUCAUCAAGAGGUUCCGCUACUCGAUGAUAUUCUCUGUUACUACGAUCGUCGUCAUGAUUAUCUUGGGCGUCGCACCUUUCAUACCUUACGGCUGGCGCAUCACCGACUUCGUGGCUAUCCUGCCCAUGGCGACGGUCGCUGUCUCGCACAUGCUGUUGCCUAUUGCCCUGAACCCCGCCCUGAUGAAAUUCUCUUGGUAA